CGCACCACCACCACCACCAUCACCACCACCUCGAAGGUCUUGAGCUCCAUCUCCGGCGACGGCGGCGACGACGACGACGACGGCGAGGAGGAGCUAGUAGCUAGCUGAGCCAGACAGCAUGGGGUUCGCGGUGGUGAGGACGAACCGGGAGUUCGUGCGGCCGAGCGCGGCGACGCCGCCGUCGUCCGGCGAGCUGCUGGAGCUGUCCAUCAUCGACCGCGUGGUGGGGCUCCGCCACCUGGUGCGGUCGCUGCACAUCUUCUCCGCCGCCGCCCCGAGCGGCGGCGACGCCAAGCCGUCGCCGGCGCGGGUGAUCAAGGAGGCGCUGGGGAAGGCGCUGGUGGACUACUACCCGUUCGCGGGGAGGUUCGUGGACGGCGGCGGCGGGCCGGGGAGCGCCCGCGUGGAGUGCACCGGCGAGGGCGCCUGGUUCGUGGAGGCCGCCGCCGGCUGCAGCCUCGACGACGUGAACGGCCUCGACCACCCGCUCAUGAUCCCCGAGGACGACCUCCUCCCCGACGCCGCCCCCGGUGUCCACCCCCUCGACCUCCCCCUCAUGAUGCAGGUGACGGAGUUCAGUUGCGGAGGGUUCGUGGUGGGCCUGAUCUCGGUGCACACGAUGGCGGACGGGCUAGGGGCCGGGCAGUUCAUCAACGCGGUGGGCGACUACGCCCGCGGGCUGGACAGGCCGAGGGUGAGCCCGGUCUGGGCCCGCGAGGCCAUCCCGAGCCCGCCGAAGCUGCCCCCGGGCCCGCCGCCGGAGCUGAAGAUGUUCCAGCUCCGCCACGUCACCGCCGACCUGAGCCUGGACAGCAUCAACAAGGCCAAGUCCGCCUACUUCGCCGCCACCGGCCACCGCUGCUCCACCUUCGACGUCGCCAUCGCCAAGACGUGGCAGGCGCGCACCCGCGCGCUCCGCCUCCCGGAACCCACCUCCCGCGUCAACCUCUGCUUCUUCGCCAACACCCGCCACCUCAUGGCCGGCGCCGCCGCCUGGCCCGCACCCGCCGCCGGCGGCAAUGGCGGCAAUGGGUUCUACGGCAACUGCUUCUACCCGGUGUCGGUGGUGGCGGAGAGCGGGGCGGUGGAGGCGGCGGACGUGGCCGGGGUGGUGGGGAUGAUACGGGAGGCGAAGGCGAGGCUGCCGGCGGACUUCGCGCGGUGGGCGGUGGCCGACUUCAGGGAGGAUCCGUACGAGCUGAGCUUCACGUACGAUUCCCUGUUCGUCUCCGACUGGACGCGGCUGGGGUUCCUGGAGGCGGACUACGGGUGGGGGCCGCCGUCGCACGUCAUACCCUUCGCGUACUACCCGUUCAUGGCCGUCGCCAUCAUCGGCGCGCCGCCGGUGCCCAAGACCGGCGCCCGGAUCAUGACGCAGUGCGUCGAGGACGACCACCUGCCGGCGUUCAAGGAGGAGAUCAAGGCCUUCGACAAGUAAAAUGCUUGUGAAAUGUGAACUUUGUUAUUGUUACUACUUCUAUGGGCUCGUUGCUCAAUGGGCUUUUUUUUGCUUUUGUUUUGUGUGUGUGGGCCGACACGAUUGGUCAAAAGGGAUUUGGUGGAGGCCCAGUUGUAAUAAGAUGGUCCACGCAUCAUGGAUUAAUCGUUAAUUGUAAGGUAGUACUACACGGAUUUGUUAACAAGGAAUAAGUUCACUUGGUGACCCA